AUGGCUACCGUAUUUAAAGCCUGUGAUGAAGAUAACAAAGGCUACCUAAGCAGAGAGGACUUUAAAGUUGCUGUUGUCAUGCUGUUUGGGUACAAGCCCUCCAAGAUAGAAGCGGAGUCUGUGAUGUCAUCAAUAAAUCAAAACACUAACGGUAUCUUGCUUGGGGACUUCUUACAUGCUGUGAGGAGGAAGAAGGAAAAUCAGCUGCCCUGGAGUAAAAUCCGACGCAUCUUCACAGCGUUGGACAGGCACUAUCAUGGAUUUCUAACUUUGGAAGAUUUCAAGAACGCGUUUCAGCAGGUGGCUCCCAAAUUACCAGCGAGGGUCAUUCUGGAGGUCUUCAGGGAAGUGGAUCAGGACUCGGACGGCCAUGUCAGCUUCAGAGACUUUGAAUACGCCAUGAACUACAGGCAGAGCGAAGCAGAAGUCGCGUGACUUACUCACGGCAAGUUCUGGGGAAGGGCAAGGCCUGGCAAUGAAUCUGAACGCCCAACACACUCCACUCUGCUAAUCAUCUGAUACCCGGAAUUAAAUGCUCACUCACUCGUG